AUGUGUGCGGGGGCGGUGGAAGCGGCGGAGGCAGCGUCUGGAAACAUGAUCGCGACCGUGCGCGCUGGGCGAGCGCUCGAUUUGACUGGGCCGGGCGGCGACUGCUCUAUUUCUGGCCGUCUCGCCGGCGGGGGGUGGGGGGCGGCGGCGCCCCGGGGGCGGGGUGGUGGGGUGGCGCCGCCCCCUGCGAGCCGUGGUGGUCGCCGCGCGCUGGCCCGCCCUCGCCAGAUCCGCUGCAAGCCUCGCGGACUCCACAUUCCACGGCCCUCGGAUUCUUCGCGGACAGUCUCUUUUAACCUCUUGCAACCAUGUCAGAUGAUGAGGAAGUCUACUCUGAGGAGGAGGAAGAGGAGGUUGAGGUGUAAGUAUAUUGUUUAA